AGAGCACAAACUAGGCUAACGCGUCAAACCGUCAACCAGCCGCACUCCGGCAAACGCGCUGAACAACAGCAGAGAACAUAAAAAAACGCCAGGCAUGACCGCAGCUCCUAUUUCGCUUGCAAAAUCGGACUUCUGCUAGCAUCAAUUCCCUCUUUUGCCAGCAACUUAGAGUAGACUUGACCGAAAGUCACGCGGAUAUCGCAUUUCCAUUUUUUUUGGCGGAUAUUGUGCGCAUGUCCAGUAUCGGUGGAUCGCAACUCGCCAUUCGAGAUAAGCCCAAGCUUCCUCUAAGCCUAAGGGAUACUUAGGAUCAGACGCAAAGUCGGCAGCACCUCUCGAGUUAGGGCAUAUCCGCUUCACAUGUUCCUCUAGCUUCCGACGAACUCGCUGGCGUAGGAUUCCCGAGUCGCGCGCUUAAGAAAGCAACCAGAUGGGAAGAUCUACAACGCAACUCUGUAGUACGUCGGAUAAUCCCCACCACCUCGACCUCACACAAUUUGGGAUGGCUCGGGCGUUAUACCAGAGGGCAUAAGAGCGCCACGGGGGAGAGGGUGCGCAACGAGAUUCAGCGCCUCUCGAAUCAGGGCAUAUCCGCGAUGCAUUCGCGGCGCAGAGCGACAGAGAGGGGGGUGCAGAGCGAGAAGGAGGGGAUGCACAGCGAGAAGGAGGGGGAUGCAGGGCGAGAGGGGGGGGGGAUGCAGGGCGAGAGGGGGGGGGGAUGCAGGGCGAGAGGGGGGGAUGCAGAGGAACGACAGCAACGCCCUGAUCAUGCACUCUGGUUUUGCGAGUUACCCGGUGUGCCACUGCCAACCACACUUGCGUACUCGCGACGGCCAUGGAUUCGAUGCAGCAGUGGCCAAUGGCAAGUUGGGUGACGACAAUGAGUUAGGCCGAGAUGGGGCGGACCCAUGGGUGCCGAAGCCACGAAGUGUGCCAGUGCCCAUGCCUCGGCACCCAUCCCGCAGUCCCCAUACCAUCUUCUCGCCACCGAACCUGGCUGCCCUCCCCCCCCCCUCCUCCCCUUUCCCCUCCUGUACUUUCCACUCCGCAAGUCCUUACGCUUCUUCAAUGCUCACCCCUCCCCUCCUCCAGGCCUCCCCAUACCCUUCCUCCUCCUCUUCCCGCCCAUCCUCAGGUUUCCCCACACCCUUCUCCCUCCCUGCCCCUCCCCUCCUGCGGGUGUGGCAGAGUGCGGCAGGGAAGGGGACAUGGAAAGCAGUCGGCAAGGCAAUGCUGCAAUCUAUCAGUAUAAAAAACACUGCGCCUUCUCCCCCCUCAUGUCUCCGCCAGUUCUCACUCCCUAGGCUCCUAUCCAUCGCUUGUCUUUGGUCUCACACUCACCUGCCUCACAUCCCAGCAAUACCAACCUCGAAGUGACGAAGGUCUCAACACCCCCUUCCCUGCUGUGUUGUGUGCGCAUGGCAUGCAGGUGAUGUGUUGUGUUUUUUAUAAUUCUCAACAACGAAAUGCAGCCACGUCGACCAGUGUCAGACCACCUGGAGUCAAACAAAGCUGAUGCCUCCUCCUGGCAGCCCAUGGCACUGGCAUAGGCUGAUGCCAAUGCCAGCUUCAUACUGCACUGCUCCUUUACAUUUGCAGUUCAUGUGUUAGCUAUGUAGAAGUUUUAGGCUAGACUGAGGUAUGCUUCUAAUGAGUACAA